AGAGACACAUAUGUGUACAGGCACAUCUGAAACGUGGUUUUCUGUGAAUCUCUGCUUAUUAUACUUUGCCUUGGCUCCUAUCUUGGUGACAUUAGAAAGAUGUUCUAUUUGACAUUUUUCUUCUUGGUCGUUAGGCUUACCUUCCUUUUCUGCAGUUUGAUGGAUCCCAGGUGCUUUCUGAGAUUCAAACAUCCACAUACCUGGGAUGAAGAUAAAGACACUGAUUGCUUUUUUUCUAUUUACACAAAGCAUGGUCACAUCAAGAACGAAUAUUUAACCAGGAAUCUAGAUAAGAAGUUGACAUAUAAAAAUAUCCACUUGAUUUUGUCUCUUUAUUUUGCACUUGAAAAUAUCAACAAAGAUCCUCACAUUCUACCCAAUAUUUCUCUGUUAGUUAAAGUUGAAUGUAACCUCUUAAAUGAUUGGGGAAUGAAUAGCUUAUCCACAAAAAUAGGUGAAUUUCUUGCUAACUACUACUGUAUAAAUCAGAGAAGAUAUUUAAUCGUACUUACAGGUCCAAUAUGGUUAUCAUCUGCUAUGCUUGGACCACUGCUGUACAUCACCAAUAGACCAGAGCUUUACUACGGACCAUUUCAUCCUCUCCUGAGCAACCAUGAACAGUUUCCACAUCUCUACCAGAUGGCGCCUAAGGACACAUCUCUGCCUUUGUCCAUGGUGUCUUUGGUGGUAUAUUUCAGAUGGAACUGGGUUGGAGCAAUCAUUUCAGAUGAUGACCUAGGACUUGAAUUUCUCUCAGAAUUGAGAAGAGAGAUGCAAAGAAACAGUGUGUGCUUAGCCUUUGUGCAUAUUAUUAUGGAAGAUAAAAUAUUAUUCCAGAAAAAUGUAAAUAUUUAUUAUAAUGAGAUCAUAGCCUCAUCAGCCAAAGUUGUUAUCAUUUAUGGAGACAAAGACUCUCAUCUGCAACUUAACCUUAGAUUCUACAGACUAGCAUACCUUCAGAGGAUCUGGGUCACUACUUCACAGUGGGAUAUGAUCGUACAUAAUGAGAGACUCCUUCUUGAUUCCUUCUAUGGGACUUUUAUAUUUUUACUUCACUCUUCAGAAUUAUCUGGUUUUAAAAAAUUUAUUGAGACAGUAGAUCCUUCCAAGUAUAGUAAAUCAAUUUCUCUUGCUGAAUUAUGGUGGAUUUAUUUUAAUUGUUCUCUGACUUCAUUUAAUUCUAUGAACCUUAAGAAUUGCUCAAUAGAAAAACGAAUGCAGUGGUUAUUCCAGCACCAUUUUGAAACAUCUGUUAGUGGUACAGGUUAUGUUGUAUAUAAUACUGUGCAUGCUGUGGCCCAUGCACUCCAUAAGAUGCUGCUACAAGAAGUAGAUACAUUGUCAAAGUAUUCUGGGGACAAACUGGAGUUUGACUCUUGGCAGAUGGUCCAUUUCCUGAAGAACAUACAAUUUAUAAACCCUGUUGGAGACCAAGCAAACAUGAAUCAGAAAGAAAAUGAGUAUGUGGAGUAUGACAUUCAAUACAGCAUUGAGUUUUUGCCUAAUCUUGGACUUAAGAUGAAAAUAGGAAAGUUUUGCAAACAUUUGCCACAUGGUCAACAAUUGUAUAUGUCUGAAGAGAUGAUAAAGUGGAACAUAGACCUUAGGCAGAUUCCAGCCUCAAUAUGCAGUGUGCCUUGCAGUCCAGGAUUCAGAAAAUCCCCUCAGCAGGGAAAGGCUGUGUGCUGUUUUGAUUGUAUCCCUUGCCCAGAAAAUGAGAUUUCCAAUAUGUCAGACAUGGAUCAGUGUGUGAAGUGCCCUGAUGAUCACUAUGCUAACCCUGAAGGAAAUCAUUGUCUCAAAAAAGUGGUGGCAUUCCUGGGUUAUGAAGACCUCUUGGGAAUGUCUCUAGCCUGCUUGGCUCUGUGUUUUUCUAUUCUCACAGCUUUUGUACUGGGUGUCUUUUUGAAACACAAGGACACUCCCACAGUCAAGGCCAACAACCGAGCUCUGAGUUAUAUUCUACUCAUCUCCCUCAUCUUUUGCUUUCUCUGUUCCUUGCUCUUCAUCGGCCAACCCAAUAUGGCCACAUGCUUCAUGCAGCAGACCAUAUUUGCAGUAACGUUCACUGUGGCUGCUUCUACUGUCUUGGCCAAGACAAUUACAGUAGUACUGGCCUUCAAGGUUACUACUCCAGGUAGAAGGAUGAGGUGGCUCCUGGUGUCAGGGGCACCUAACUUCAUCAUUCCAAUUUGCACUGUGAUUCAACUGAUUCUAUGUGGGAUCUGGCUGGGAACUUCCCCACCAUUUGUUGAUGUUGACAUACAAGUUGAAAGAGAACACAUUUUGAUUGUCUGUAACAAAGGGUCAAUUAUUGCCUUCUAUUGUGUUUUGGGAUACUUGGGCUCCAUUGCCAUGGGAAGUUUCACUGUAGCUUUCUUGGCCAGAAAUCUGCCUGACACAUUCAAUGAAGCUAAGUACCUGACAUUCAGCAUGCUGGUGUUCUGUAGUGUCUGGGUUACCUUCCUCCCUGUCUACCAUAGCACCAAGGGCAAAUCUAUGGUGGCAGUAGAGGUGUUCUGUAUCUUGGCCUCCAGUGCAGGGCUGCUUCUUUGCAUCUUUGCCCCAAAGUGCUUCAUUAUUUUGUUAAGACCUGAGAGAAAUUCUUUUCAAAUGUUCAGGAAUGUGCAUUUUAAAAUUGAAAAAAACUCAUUAGAUGUGCUUUAUCAUUAG